AUAAAUAAUGUUACCCUCGUAUAGAAGAGCUACAAGACUAUCAAAAAAUCUCGAACGGUGUAUAAAACUACUCGAAAAAAGGACACUCACUUCACAGGAAGUCUUUGACAAGGAAGCAAAAUAUGCUGCUCAUAACUAUCACCCACUACCAGUAGCUUUACCCAAAGGACAAGGUGUCUUUGUUUGGGACGUGGAAGGUAAAAAAUAUUUCGACUUCUUAAGCGGCUACUCAGCCAAUAAUUUUGGACAUUGUCAUCCCAAAAUAUUAAAGGCAUUACACGAACAAAGCGCCGUUUUGCAUCACACCUCCAGAGCCUUCUUUUCAGACCAGUUGGGCCAAUAUGCUGAAGUGAUCACCAAGUUGUUUGGAUACGACAAAUUAUUGCCUAUGAAUACAGGUGUUGAGGCAGGAGAUACGGCUUGUAAACUAGCUAGAAAAUGGGGCUACAGGAAAAAGAAAAUCGCCAAGGACCAAGCAAAGAUUAUUUUUGCCGUGGAUAAUUUUUGGGGACGAUCAUUAGCUGCAUGUUCCUCAUCGACAGAUCCUUUAUGCUUUGAAGACUACGGACCAUUUCUACCGGGAUUCAGCUGCGUACCUUACAACGAUUUGAAAGCUUUAGAGAAAUCCCUCCAAGAUCCCUUAGUCUGUGCUUACAUGGUGGAACCCAUUCAAGGUGAAGCUGGCAUCAAAGUACCGGACGAAGGAUACCUCAAAGGUGUUAGAGAGUUGUGCACCAAAUACAACGUUCUUUGGAUCGCGGACGAAAUCCAGACUGGCUUGGGAAGAACGGGAAAAAGACUGGCUGUAGAUUACGAAAAUGUCAAGCCCGAUAUUCUAGUCCUUGGAAAGGCCUUGGGAGGUGGUGUGUAUCCGGUAUCAGCUUGUUUGGCUAACGAUGAUGUUAUGCUAGUCAUUGAACCAGGAACCCAUGGUUCUACCUUCGGCGGUAAUCCGUUAGCAUCAAAAGUAGCUAUAACAGCUCUAGAAGUUCUCGAAGAUGAAAAUUUAGCUGAAAACGCUUUUAAAUUAGGAGAAAUGUUCAGGGUAGAGUUAAGGAAAAAGCUGAACAAUGGAAAUCCGAUUGUGAUGGAUGUCAGAGGCAAAGGAUUAUUGAACGCUAUCGAUAUUAAUAGAAAUUGUAUACAUGCCUGGGACGUCUGUUUGAAGUUAAAAGAAAAUGGUUUAAUUGCCAAACAUACCCACGAAGAUAUCAUACGAUUUUCACCACCUCUAAUAAUCACUGAAGCGGAAAUGAAGGAAGCUAUUGAUAUUAUCGUAAGAACCAUUAACAAUAUUGAAGUAAAAACUCAAUAAACAAAAGUUUUAAACAAUUAACUGAAAGGGAUAUUUUCUUCUUGUAUUGUACUUCAAAUUCAGCCAGUUUAAGAUUUUUUUCGAUAAUUUCCAGGUGUUAAUAAAUUAUUAUUCAGUAAAAUGGUGACGAAAUAUUCUGCUGAUUUUAUAUCAUUCCAAAGGAAUAAUACUUUUUACAUUUUUAUGUUUUUUAUAUGUGUAUUUUUAUAAAAUAUGUUUAUAUUAAUAAUGUUAUCGGUAUUAAAAUUGUUAUUAUGG